AUGCCGCGAUCGCAUUUACGACAAUCGCUGCUUUCUGCGCCAUCCCCUCCGCGCGGUCGGGAGAAUAUGGAGAUGCCCAGUGUUAGCCGCGAAAGCAGCAAGGAAAACAGGGCGCCAGCAGAUGCCGACGAGUACGAGGCCCAGCGCCGAUGCAUCGAGGAGCUCAAGGCCGAAGUCGCUACUCUGCGGUAUCAGAUAGACAGCUAUGAACAGGAAAAGGAGUUGGCACGGCUGCAGAUGGAGAAUGAAGUUCGCGAAGCCAAGCGCCGGGCUGAGGAGGAUUUCAAGGCCAAGCAGGCCGCUGAGGCUGAGAGAUCGCGUGCCCUGCGUCAGGUGGAGACCUUGCAAAGAGAGCUGGACCAACUCAAGGAGGAUAUGGAGACGCGGCAGCAGGAACUGGAGGGGAAAGUGAGGAAUGCGCUCGAAGAAUCCAGGCAGCUGCGGGAACAGCUAGAGGAGCUGAGCGCAGAGAAGGGUGAGGCUGCUCGUAUGGCUGAGCGUGAGGCCAAUGAUUUGAAGGCAAAGGUCGCUGCGUCAGAGCGGUUGGUUGAAGAGCUAAGACAAGAAGCUACAGCUCGGGAAGACCUGUUGCAAAAGGCGCAAGCCGCUUCUGCCGAGAAGGAUGAGAUCAUUGGAAAGUUAGAGGCUGAGGUGCUUCGACUAAAGGCACAGACCGGUGAUGCGGAAACCAUAGCCAUCAUCCGGAGAGAGCUGUCGGACCAGGUGUCUCACAUCCGAAUUCUGGAGACCAAGAACAGGGAACAACUGGCCGAGCUUACACAUUUGCGCCAGGUUCAUAAGGCUGUCGAGGUCGUGGAAGAGGAGAAGCGCACCCUCGUGCGAAAGCUCGAGGCUGCGCAAGCGUUGGAAAAGGAGCUGGCCGAGGAGAGGAGACUACGGCAACGGUUAGAAGACGAAAGGAGGGCAUGGACCGCCUAUCUCCAGAGCGAAGGAAACAGCGCCGACGAGUUCGAUUCCCCCGAAGCUGUCGCGCGAGCCCUUGUUGCGGAGCGCUUGCACUCAGCCUCUCUGGUCGAGAAGCUCGGCGCUUUGCAGCCAGAGAUUGCGGACCGCGACAACAUCAUCAAGGCCUUGGAAGAGGAGAAGGGCAGGCUUCUGGAUCAGAUUGAGAAGCUUCGGGUCUCUGGCGGACCAGCAGCUGGUAACGAUAGAGUUCGUGCCAGGCUGGAGCGUCAACGUGCCCUCGCAAUGAAGGAGGUUGAAUACCUCCGCGCACAGCUGAAGACAUAUGAGAUGGAAGACUCUACGCUACAUCCUGAGAGCAUGGAGGAUGUGAAAGCCAAGCGUAUCCAGGAACUCGAGGACCUUGUCGAUCAGUACAAAGCAGAGGUUAGCACCCUCCACGCUGAUUUGUCCUCACUUGAAUCGGCGUCGAAGAGCCCUGCCCAGCCUGUCUUGGGAACUAAGAGGUCAAGAGAGGGAGACGACGUGGAGAAUGAGCAGCUAGGACAGCUUGCCCGCAAGAACCGUAAACUACAGUCCGAGCUCGCUGACCUGCAAACUGCUCACAAGCUUCUAGAGAAGGAGCACCAAGUAUUGUCACAGCAACUGGCUGCUGCAAAGGAACAACUCAAUACACGCAUCUUGCAGCUCCGUUCCAACCCGACCUCCGACCACGAAGCCGUCAAGGCUGCCACGCUCGCGGCGCUCAAGCAGGAGAAUGCUGAGCUCCUAGCCCACAUCCAGCGCCAACCAACCCUCUUCGCGACAGUGCCUGCCUCACAGCUCGCGGCUGCGCAGCGCGAAAUCGCCGAGGCCAAGGCCGAAACAGCAUCAGCGCGCAAACAGGCUCGCCGACUCAAGGAAGUCUGGGCCGCCAAGUCAGCCGAGUUCAAAGAGGCUGUAUUCAGCACGCUUGGCUGGACGGUCACCUUCAUCCCGGGCGGGAAGAUGCGCGUCGAGAGCGUGUACUAUCCGUCGCAGACAGACGAGCACGAGAACAGCAUCGUGUUCGACGGCGAGAAGGGCACAAUGAAGGUUGGCGGCGGGCCGAAAAGCGCGUUCGCGAACCGGAUCGCGGACAAUAUCCAGUUCUGGGUGAGAGAGAAAGGGUGUGUGCCGUGUUUCCUGGCGGCGUUGACACUGGAGUUUUAUGAGGAGCAUUCGAGGAAUAAUGGGAAGUAA